GUUCCACCAUUUCCUGUUGUGGAUUUGGAACGAGACGUUAUACCUUCAGAAUGGGAAUAAAAAGCGGAUAGAGUAGAAUAAUUGGGUGGAUGAUUUGGCCCACUAAAUGCAGCUAAACCUACGAAAACGGGCAAAGAGCGCCCAACGGAAGAAGGCUGCGAGAAACGUGUUACAGCUGAAAAAUACUAGAGGCUUCAACUGUGAAAGCCGUUUAAAACAAGUGUACAGCCCCAUCAUGUCCAGCUCGCUCCUAUGGGCAGUGGACGUAUACGGGAAGGUGUACAGCCUAUCCACCACCAGAGGGCGCUGGGAGCGUGACGAGGACACCCUCCUGGAGCUAAAGCGUGUUACGGCUGGACAGAGGUGCAGCUGGGGAAUUGGCUGUGACCACCAUGUUUACCUCAAUAUCGACCCUGGGGAGGUGCCAAUUCGCUAUCGAGAGGAGACCUAUGAGAACCAGAGGUGGAACCCAGUGGACGGCUUCACUGACGUGCUGCUGCCCACUGACCGUUGGGCCUGGAGUGACCUCACAGGGGGGACCGCCCAGCCGCUGCACAGCUUCCUGUUGCCCUCAAACAGCUGGGAGUGGGAGGGGGACUGGUACGUGGACCAGGUCUGCGCUGGAGGAGACCCCAUUGAAACUGGGGGCUGGGAGUAUGCAGUGGACUUUCCUGCUAACUUCUCCAGAGAGAAGAAGUGGAACUCGUGUGUUUGUCGCAGGCGAUGGAUUAGAGACAGGAUAUACAAAGCCAGAGGCUCUUGGACCAAGAUCCCCUUGGACCACCCCAAGCAGCCCCCUCUCCCCCUCAGUGACGUUAGCUGUGGAGGCUGGGAGAUGAGCGACCAACCCGGGCGAUAUCACUUCCUGUGGGGUGUGUCCCAACAAGGACAGGUGUGGUUCAGGAGUGGCAUCCUGCCACAGGUCCCCGAGGGCCAGUGCUGGGAGCAGGUGGAGGCCCCCAGGGAGGUGGCCCAGAUCUCUGCCGGACCAGGGGACUUGCUCUGGGCUGUACUCUGGGACGGACAGCUACUGGUCCGUACAGGCAUCUGCCUGGACAGCCCUACAGGUUCCUCCUGGGUGGUGGUGGAUUCUCCCCCAGUAAAGGAGGGCGGAACCAUCCAUGUUGCUGUGGGGGUCAGCGUGGUGUGGGCCGUCACUAAGGACUACAAAGUGUGGUUUCGGCGGGGGGUGAACUCCCAUAACCCCUGUGGCUCAGGAUGGAUCAGCAUCGGUGGGGAGAUGAUGAUGGUGGAUGUGGGACUCAAUGACCAGGUGUGGGGAGUUGGAGAGGACCGUGGUCUGUAUUUCAGGAAGGGUGUCACCCCAUCGGAGCCCAGUGGUAGGGGCUGGAUACCUGUUUCUGCCCAAUGGGGUCACAGCAAAGAGAUGGUCCAACCCAGUGCUGGCUGUGAGUUCGGGGGACAGGUGACCAAUGCUUCCCAUGGUUCUGUUCUUACCUGCGAGGACUCAGGGGACACGGAGCUUCUCCUCACCACCAUCCCCCCAAGACCACAGGACACCCCCAAAGCCUUCAUCCCCACCAGUGACAGCUUCAUCUCCAGCCUGGUGGCUGACCGUGAGCCCCUGAGGACCCCCACACCCUCCCCCAAAAAGCCACCCCAGGGGAAGGGCAGCGAGUCCACCCCAGCCCCGAUGUGCAAUGUGGACCUGGACGCAGCUCAGAGCCCCCAGGGAGAGGCGUCUUCUCUUGGCAGGGCAGGGGACGUGGGACCCCCCACCUCAGUGGCCACCUACCCCCUGGGUCUGGAGCCCUCUCUGGGUUUGGGGGAGGAGGACGGGCCUGUAUGGGCCUGGAUCUCUGGUGGAGGCUGUGAUGUGGACCAUACAGCUCAGAUGACCUGGCUCAGGCCUGCAGACCCAUGCUCCACUGCCCUGUCCAUCGCCCCUGUUGAACCAGAAGCCUCGACGGCUAGGAAGGCCGAGACCACCACCAGUAAGGAGCCAGUGGAGAGAAGCGCGUCUGUGUGGGUGAGGAAGGGCAGCAUGCGCUGGUGGAGGGACUGGAAGCCCUAUCGCUGGGUGGAUGUGGGCGUGGCCCUGGAGCAGUCCACCAACGUCAAUGGCAAGAGGGAUGCCAUCUUCUUCAUCUACUUCACCCAGUAUGAUGAGAAAAAGUACCUCCAUGUGUUUAUAAGUGAUGUGACGGUGCUGGUUCCUGUGCUCAAGGAAAACUCCCAUCAUGCCUUUGCGGUGUACACGUCAGAUAGCACCAAACAAAGAUGGCCGCUGAUCCUGUCUGCACAGACUGAGAAGGACAUGGCUGACUGGCUGUCCCUGUUGGCUGGGUGCUGCUGCGAGGCCAGAGGGAUCAGGGGAACCCCCUCCCGACAGGCCCUGUGGUCAGUCACUUCCAAGGGGGACGUGAUGGUCCACGAGCCCUCUCCCUGUCUGGAGGCCCCGGCACACACCUUGCCCUGUGACAUGAUGUUUUGGCUGCAGGUCCCGGGCCACCUGCGCUGUGUAGAGUCUAACAGUCUGGGUGUGGUGUGGGGGAUCGGGUAUGAUGGCACCGCCUGGGUCUACUCUGGUUCGGGCAGCGUUGCUGAGGAAGAGCCCCCUCAGGGAGACAGGUGUAUCCUGCACACACAGACAGAUGGAAGGACUGUGUACAUCUAUGAGAACCAGCGAUGGAACCCCGUGACUGGAUACACAGACAAGCUUCUCCCCACAGACCGGUUCCCGUGGAGUGAUGACAACGGCUUUACAGAGUGCACCAAGUCCACCACCCACCCUCCCUCGCCUCAGUGGAGCUGGGUGACAGAGUGGGCCGUGGACUUGGCUUUCUCAGGAGGGACAGACAAAGAGGGGUGGCAGUAUGCAGCAGACUUCCUGUGUGAGAUACACAUGUUC